AAAUUUAAUACUAAGGCCUGUUCUUAUCACGAGGUGUUUGAUUAGCCUAACCCAAGCCUUGUCUUCAAUAGUUGGACGCCACUUGAAAUUUUCUCAUUGUUGGUUGGCUACGAACGUUAUCUUUUCAGAAUGAGACAAGCUACAGUGUAGCAAACAAACUACCGCAGUGCUGGUAUUUUGAAUUCUAUUGGUCGCAAGACAGUGUGAACUGUGGAGAUAUUCUAAGUCAGUAGAGCAGGUGAACGCUAAGGCAAUAUAUAAGUUAUAUGUCAUCCAUGUGUGAAAUCUCGCUGGCUUUUAUAAAUAAAAUAGGCCCGUAGAAUUCCACGCCCACGUUUCAAAGAAAGUUCAUUAAUUUUUUAUUCGCUAAAUUAAAAAUUCUGAGUUCGUUGAUUGCAGUGCUUUUACAAGCUUUUGUUUUAGUUCAUAGUUUGUAUUAAGAAAAUAUACUUUAAAUAACAAGUAUGCUAGAUUUAUAUUAGAGCUUUAAAACGUUGGAGAAGAUGCUAAUUUUUUUCUUUUCAAAUAAGCAAUAAAACUUUACCACAUUUAUCGUAUUGUAUUACAAACGUAGCUUGGUAAUUUUUGUUGAAAUUUUUUACCAUUAAAUGUAUCAAAAUUCAUGAAUUAAGAUUCCCGAGUGUUUAUUAUCGCUUUGAUGGGUUUUUUUUUCAAAAGUUUCAUUCUAAAAUAUUUUCAUUUCCAUUACUUAAGUAACAGUUUGGAAGGCACUUUGAAAAAGAAAUCAGAACCGGUUCUUAUGCUGAAUUUAAAAUCAAAUAACGUGACAAAUCCAUUAAACUUUCCUUAAUUAAAUUUUAAAAAAGCCACAAGUUAGGUAACAUAAAUAGUUACAUUUUAAGUCAAUUCAUGAAAACUUCAUGACCAAGUUAAACAUUCUUCUUUUAUUUCUAUUCUAUACAUUGCAGUAGAAGCAGAAACAUUUCUAAAAAAAAAAAAAGAUGCCACGGUUGACAUUUUAUCUGGUGUUCCUUUUUCUACACCUUCUCACAAUUCAACAAUAUGUCACAUGUGCUACAGUACUUUCUAAUCACGAUCCAGAUGUUCAAGAAUUGUUAGACAAUGGAAAACUGUCAGAUGAAUGUAAGGGUUUGAUAAAAGACAACGUACUUUCAACGUCUUCACAGCAAUGGUGCAACAUGUUUGAUGCGUAUAAGCCUUUUAUCGUUGAUAGUAACGGGUGUGAUGGCACAGAGUAUGAAAGCUUAACACGAGCUGCGUGCACCAAAGAAGAUCCCGUUGUCAUGACAACACAGACACCAAUGGCUACUACGCCGACUCCUGCUAAAGUUACUCAACCUAGCUCCAUGCCUACUGCAGCUACAACUAAGAUUACUCAGUCUAGUUCCACAUCUACUACUGCUACAACUAAAAUUAAACAGGUUAGUUUAACACCUCCUCAUUCAGUUACUCCCAGAGUACCGACUACGGAUCGCCCAGUUACAGUAACACCUCAUUCAGGAGUAACAGACACCUCAAAAUCCGUGCAAGAUUCCAUACAAACCAACGUCUCUGUGACUCCCACUGCUCGCCAUGGAGUGACCAACACCAUCAAAAACGUACAAGUAAGAGCUACCCACCGGCCGUGUGUCUUUUGUGGUAGCUCGCGAAUUACUUCCGUGGGAUGGUUAUUUGUAACAGUUCUUGUGUAUUUGGUGAACCUUCUCUCGUGAUCUUUGGACAAAGUGAUACGUUUAUUGGCGAACUUAAAAUCAGUCGUAAAUUAUGUAGGCUGUGUCUUUCCUUGUAUAAAAAGAAACAAAUAACAUACGUAACUAAAAUCCUCUUUGUUUUAUCGUACGUACCGUACCUACUGUACACGUUCUACACUUUGAAACACUGAACUAAACGGUGGAUAUAAAAUGUCAUUAGAAUGAAAUCAAUCCUGCACUUAAUCCAAAUGUUAGCAGUUGACAGUCUCAAAAGGAGGACUAAGAGCCAACGUAAAGUUUGUAGCUAUUUUUGUUGAUUCAAGUAAUAUUAUUUUGAAGGUGUCGUUUAUUUUUCAUUUGUGUUGUGAAACCACGCGAAGUUUGCAAAUUUAAGUAUUCAGCCGGUUCUUUUCUUUUUUGUUGUUUUUUUUUGUUUGGUACUAUUAUUACAAGGAAUCGGUCUUUUUUAAUUGUCAAAGGGUAUUGGAGGUUUUUGUUUUUUUUUGUGUUUUUUUUUACGGGUACACUACUUUGUGCGCCAUAUAUGUUUAGUAUGGACUAAUAGCUCGCGAUUUCUAAUAAAUAGAAGUUUUGUUUUGAAUCCAUUUAAUAAUGACGAAAAAAAAAAAUGAAGAAGAUUUUAAAAAAUAUUAUUUAAACAAUUAUUGUAUUUAUUUUUCUUAAAAGUACAGUUAUGAUGGAAAGGAAUCAAUUUUCUAAACUUUGAGUAAGUCAUAAAUUAAAAGUGUUUUUACAAAAGAAACCUUUCAAAGCAGAAUCGGCUGCAAUGCGACGGCCAGAGUCGGCACCGACGAAAUCUAAUCAUCCACUAGCGACAAGCUGAAACAAUAUAUACAUACAUAUAUACAUUUAUACACACACAUAUAUAUAUAAAAUCUAAUCAUCCACUAGCGACAAGCUGAAACAAUAUAUACAUACAUAUAUACAUUUAUACACACACAUAUAUAUAUAUAUAUAUAUGUGUGUGUGUGGAAUAUAUAUAUUGAAUAUAUAUAUAUAUAUUAUUUCAGAAAUUAUAAUUGUAAAAUUAGAGAUACACGGAAUUGUAGGGGAAAUUUCUUUAGAAUUAAUCAGUAUUUUUUAUUUACAUUCACGGCACUCCAAAAAGCCUUCCAGUGCUAUGAAUAUGUCACCUCACGGUGGGGCAAGCAGUUAUGUAAGUGAGACUUUUAAUUUAUACAUUACGAUGAAAAUACGCCUCUUUUGACUUUGAGAUUUGUGCCAUAAAUGCUAAAAUAUUGUUUAUAGCCUGCAAAAAAAAAAAAAAAAAAAAAAAAAAAAAAAAAAAAAAAAAAAAGAAAAAAAAAACUUUAUUGUGUCAAUUAAUAGCCAUGCCCCAUGAAUUAGUUUAUUGCCAAUAAAAAUUGAUUAAUUGACUUAGCAACGAUGUUUCAUUUUCUUUAUUUCCAUCACAAAAAAAUGUUUCACUUCACCAUCCACCCCUAACAUUUUGAAGAUGUUGAUAGUUUUAAACUAUUUUAUAUACUUUAGAGUUGCCUUUAAGUAAAUAGUUUUGAAAGUUAGAGCUUUGUGCUACAUGAUUUGCACGGCAAAUAAAAAUCCUAACCUUAUAAUCUUCAUCCAUAAAUCCUUACCUUAAAACCAUAAGCCUCAAAUCCUAACCAUUUUAAUCCUUACAUGUUAAUAUUUGAUGCGCUCCUCACAAAGUAAGUACACUCUUUUCAAGAUUGCCUCACAACACACCACUUAUUGGCAGACUAUAGGAAAUCUCAAAAACAAACGGUAACAUUACUGGAAACGAAGGGAAGAUUUUGGUGCAUGGUCUGUUUAGCUUCUUUUUGUUUAAAAAAUCAUCUCCGAUAUGUUCAUAAAUUUAAUGGAACCAGUAUCUUGGUGUUUGCAACCCUCUCCCCUCACUUCCCCGUGUGUCAUGAUUUGAGAUGUUUUAAAGAUUGUUUAAAAUGGCUGUGUGUCUUCUUUUAGUCAUGGCAGCGUACCGUGGGAAAAUAAGUUCAUAAUUUCUGUAACAGAUAGAUCCCAAAAUUUUACUGAAUACUCUGAUAAAUGGAUAUUUAGAUGAGUUUAGAGAAGAAAACUCUGAAUUUAAACCCGGAGAUGGAAUCCCAUAGGCGGAUCAAAUUGGCAAAUGAAAACAUUCCAACAACUCCUGCGACGCCACCGGUGCCAAGCUGUAUUAUCCACAUGAUGUUCCCUUGGGUUUUCCAGCGGCGAUUUGAUGUGUAGGGAACCAGCUUAUAAUUCCCUAAAAGAAUAACCCAAGGCCUUGCAGACUUCGUCUACACCAUCGUCACAUUGUGACGGACGGAUACCAGCAAAGAGAUAUUCAUGAGGCUCGACAUCUUCAUAGACAUUACACACAGUGCCGGCCUUAGACAUGUGUGGGCUAUUUUCAAGAACGUAACAUUCCGUCACUUUAUCAUAACUGUUGAUUGAUCCGCUAUAUUUGACUACUGGUCAGUUUUCUAAGAAAUUAAAUGUUCUUUUUAUUUAGAAGUAUAAAUCUAUGUAAAUGCAUUCUAAUUUAUAUGGUCAUAAAAUAAGAAUGACAUAUGUAUAAACGCUAACGAUGGGAGAUGUAGCUUUGAUAACAGUUAAGAUAAUGAAGUGACAUUUUGAAUAAAUUCCUUUGAAAUUAAGCGAUCCACUUAGAGCUGGCGGGGAAAAAAGUCGGAGUGGGGGGGAGGGGAGAGAAGGGUGUACACGGCAACUCGUGUUUUUUUUUUAAUGAUUUUUUUCAUGAUUUUGUUCAUGAUUAUUUUGACCGGUGUUUUAAAAAAAAAAAAAUUGAAAUAUUCAAAUACACAUUUGGGUUGAAAGAAAAGAUCGAAAUUGCAUUCAAUUAAGGUAAUUUAAUUGUGACUAAUGUUUGUGAUUUAAUUCGUGUCAACAAAAGUUUACUGCUGAAUUUCGUCCAAUUUCACAAUAUUAAAAGAAAAACAAGAAAAAAAACACAUGUGAUUGUUGACAAUAUGAACAAUAUCCUACAGACUAAUUAAUUGAUCUCAGUGAUUUAUCCUGGUAUUUACACCUUUACAUAUUCCCAGUUUAGUGGAAGGAAAAACAAUUAAAUUAAUUUUUUUAUUUUUUUAGCAGGCUCUCCUUCAACAGCUCUUGAAUUACAGGAUUGAAACAGUCCAUUUUGAUCAAUGCAAAGCUGCUGCACUGACCAAACUAACCAAAGGAGAUGACGUCAGUAGGCUGUGCGCCACCAUCAAACAGUUCAAAGCAAUCUUGGAUGACAAGUGUGUCAAGACAGACUACGACCUUCUCGUUGUGGAGACACUGCAGCUGUUCGGCUGUUUGGUGUGUCCUCUUUAGAGUUAAAGGUUCUCAACUUUUGUUGAUGCUACAAUUUUAAAUUUAGUAAACAAAUUGCAGCAGAAGAAUGUGUUCAUUUAUGAUCUUACGCUUUUGUACUUUACAAAAAACAUUUACGUUUUAUUUUAGAUUUAAAAUUUGAUUUUUUCAUUGUUUUUUAUUGAUCAAAAUGUAACUCAACACAUUAUAUAUUUUUUUAUACUCUACUUCUAUAGUUACUUAUCGUUCAUGAUUAUUUUUACAUUUUUUUAAUUCACAUAUAUUGACUUUUUUUUCUUUUUUUUUUUCUUUUUUUUUUUUUUUUUUUUUACCCUUUUAAUCUAUUUUCCAAUUUUGAUUUAGCAAAAAUUUUUAAAAAUU